AAGGCAACAGCCCAGCGCAUCCGGAAACGAAUUUUCCACGAGAAAAGUUUCGUAAAAAGCGCAAAAGUUUUCCCGCCAAAUGGGAAAUAUUUUUUAAAUAAGAAAUUCCUGAAAAGUGUUUGAACAGAAAAGACUAAAUCAAAAACUGACAAAAAGUGCAUCAAGUGAAGAGAGAAAAGCUCGAAAAAUAAUUAAAAUAAAAAAUAUACAGAAAUGGCUAUUGCAUAUUUCAUACCCGACCAGGCCCAACUGUUGGCCAGAAGCAAUCAGCAAAGUGCUCAACAGGCCGCCGCCGCCGCCUCAACAGGAGCCGUGCCCCAGCAGCAACAGCAACAACAGCAGCCAAGACAACCGCAACCACAGACGAGCCAGCAGCAGCAGCAACAACGUCCCCAGUUCCGUGCCAACAUAUCCGUGCCCCUGGGCCGGCAGCAGGGAGCCAUGAGCAUGUCCGAGUUUGGUUGCUGGGACCUCCUGGCGCAGAUCUUCUGCUACGCCCUCAGAAUCUACAGCUACAACUCCAGCCAGCGGCGACCGACGGUCAUUCAGAUCUCCUUCGAGAUAAGAAGCGGCAACCAGGCGCAGGAACAGGCGCCAGAUAACCAGGCGGAUGCGACUGAUGCCAGUGGCAAGGGCAACUAAAUGGCUCCCAUACGCGCGUGUGGGACAGAACGGGAAAAACUAAAGUGAUUUGUCUUUAGUUUUCGAUGGCGGCAGGCUCAAUCAAAGCGCAUUGUGAUUUCUUUUUUGAGGAUUGGACAGGACACGAAGAGGGAAGAGUUUUGUAAACAAACAAAAAUGAAAUGGGAUAUUUCCACAAAAUAAGAAAAUAUUUUUAAACUAUUUUUGAGAAGAAAAAAAUUAAUUAAGAGAGAGAGAAAGAGGAAAAUUCAAAAUUUGUCAUCGACUUGCUGAAAGUGAUAUUUGAUUGUUGGUUACUUUUUUUGUGGUGUCAAAUUUUCCGUUUUCAAAUUUUUUUUGGGAAUUUUAAUUUUAAGGCAAUGGUUUCCGGGCUUUUGUAGUAGCAAGACGAAGAAGGUUGGUUCAAACAAUUCUCAAACAAUAUAAUUAUGCAUAACCCAUUAAUCAGUGUCUACAAAAAGGAAUAUAUUGUAUACUCGUAUAAGGCCCCACACAAAUAUCGUAUUUAACGCAUAAAAACUAUUGUCAAAUUUUUGCAUUUCAACUACUUACAAUACCAUAUAUAGAGUCCAGAUAUACCCAUACAAUAUACAGAACCAAACAGCAAAUAAAGAUGCAAACAACAAAAGGACAACAACUCAAUUGUACAAAAUAGAUUUAAGCAGACUUUAAACAAUUUUUAUAUGUAUACAAAACAAAUACAAAAAUACAGAAUAAAAGUAAAUGUCAAUAAACUAUUUGCAAAAGAACCGCCGAGAACAGAACACAGCCAAAAAGCUAAGGAAAACCCAAAAUUACAUACAAAAAAAACGGAAAACUUUUAAGCAAUUUUGAUACAAUUAACAGAAAUGAAGGAAAAAAAACAAAAAUAUUUUAAAAUUAUUAUUGAUUUUAGCGAAAUUCAAAAUAUUAUAAUUUUCCAUUUUUGGCAUUGAAAAUUACAUCAUUAAUCGAAUGUAUAAAUUAACAU